AUGUCUGAAGAAACUUGCCGACUGAAACAAUUUCUUCGGGUGUUGAACGUGCCGACUGUCGACGUUGCGAAACUGCGGAAAAUGAGUUGGCAUGGGGUGCCAUUCAGUGUUCGGAAUGUUGUGUGGAAGUAUUUGUUCAAUUACAUUCCCAGUGAAGUUUCACGAGUCGACAAGGUGCUUCAGAAGAAGCGAUCCGAGUAUCAGACGUACACCAAAAUGUUGAGCUACGAAUUAACUGAAAUUGAGGAGAAAACACUUCGUCAAAUUCGAUUAGAUAUCUCUCGAAGCACAACGGAAGUGCCUUUACUUUCGCAUAAAGUGGCCCAAAAGACGAUGGAGAAUGUCUUGUUCUUAUGGGCUUUACGGAACCCGGCUUGUGGAUACAUCCAAGGCUUAAACGAUUUAGUCAUUCCAAUCUUCACUGUAUUUCUUGAGGAAUACUCCCCUUUGAAAACGCCACAAAUCUUCGAAGACAUAUCAAGUGAUGCGACACAUAAUGUCGAGGCGGAUUUAUAUUGGUGCUUUUCGUCAUUGAUGAUGAAUAUUCAAGACCACUACACAAGCAAUCAGUCACAAAUUUUUAAGCAACUGGAAGUCAUGAAAAAGGUUGUUGGAGAAGUCGACAAACCUUUGGAUGUCCAUUUUGAGGAAAACAACAUUUUGUUCUUCCAAUUUGCGUUUCGAUGGAUCAACUGCUUUUUGCUUCGUGAGUUAUCUCCCGAGCAAGGAAUGCGGUUGUGGGAUACCUAUCUCUCUGAUGAUGAUGGAAAUGGGUUUAGUCACUUUCAUGUGUAUGUUUGUGUCUCACUGAUUGAAAAGUACAAAGCAAAGUUGAUGAAAAUGGAGUUUGCGGAGGCAAUGCAAUUCCUUCAGAACAUUCCAAGUCGGUCGUGGAGUGGCCAAGACAUGGAAGAACUCAUAUCGAGAGCGUUUGUGAUGUACAAGACGUUUGAGAAAGAACCUCGAUCUGCCGAAGAAUAG